AACGAAGCCUUCCGAAAACAAGGGAAGGUUAACCAUCCUCUCAACCAGUGGGCAACACUUAUUUUUCCACUUUAAUUUAUCUUUUAAUUAAAUUUUGGAAAAAUGUCCGAGAGAAAAGUAUUGAAUAAAUACUACCCCCCGGAUUUUGAUCCGUCAAAGAUCCCUCGUAUGAAAGGGACGAAAAACCGUCAGUUCACUGUACGUUUGAUGGCCCCUUUUAAUAUGAGAUGUGCAACUUGCGGCGAGUACAUAUACAAAGGGAAAAAGUUCAAUGCAAAGAAAGAGGACGUUGAAGGCGAGGACUAUUUGGGCAUUAGAAUAUUCAGGUUUUAUAUCAAAUGCACAAGAUGUCUCCAGGAGAUAUCUUUCAAGACCGACCCGAAAAAUACGGAUUACGAAAUAGAAGCAGGCGCUACGAGGAAUUUUAUGGCGCUGAAACUUGCCGAAGAGCAAGCAGAAAGAGAAGAAGAGGAAAGAAAAGAAGAAGAAGCGUCAAACCCAAUGAAACUGUUGGAAAACAGGACGAAGCAAUCAAAACAAGAACUGGACCUCCUCGAGUCCUUAGAAGAGUUGAAAGAUCUUAACAAACGACAACAGAAUGUCGACUUUGAUACGCUUCUCUCCCAGUACAACUCGAAAGAGGCCCAAGAGCGGAUCAGGAAAAUGCAAGAGGAAGAAGAUGAAAGAUUUGUGAAGUCUGUGUUUGGAAAGAAGACAGUUGUCAAAGAGGAAAUCUUGGACGAAGAUGGACAACCUCUCAAGAAAAAAAAGAAGAUAAAAAAAGAAAAAGAGGAGAAUGUAAACGUUCAUGAAACUCAAUCAUCUUCCAGCAGUAAUUUAGAUGAUAAGGAUGCAAUCAUGUCGACAAAACCGGCAGUACUUACAAUAAAACCAGAUCCUCUUUCGCAAAAGAGCGUUGGGAUUAUAAAGAAGCCGUUGGGUAACUUGGUGAGGCUAAAGGGAAAGGAAGGCACACCUUCUCGUUCAGAGGUUAAAAUUGAAGCGCUGUCGACUAUAAAGAAGGAGCCGAAUGAAGAGCAGCCGAAACAAAACGCUUUAUCCCUCCUCGGUUCGUAUUCAGGGACGGAUAGCGAUUCGUCUUAAGCUAUUUUUCAAUAUGUGAGAAGAACAAAUGUAAAUAUGAAAUUUUUUUUUUUUUUUUAAUUCUACAAAUUGUGUACAGGGGGCAGUGAUUACUUGUAAAUAAAUGCCUCAAGUCAAAACUUUCUAGAUACUACAAAUAUAUUUUACAAAAACGAA